GUCGGAGUGAGACCUCUCUGCGUGUUUUUUCUCUCUGUGUCUUGACGUGGCGCCUCCAUGUUGUUUUGUUGGUGUCGUCACGGUGAGUUGCAGCAGCCUUGGAGAGCCUCUAGGUAAUCACCUGUCCAACCCCUGUCUCCCUGUGCUGCCAUGGCAACUUUCCCAGAGUACAUAGCUCAGAAUGAGGAUCGUGACGGCGUGCGGUUCAGCUGGAACGUGUGGCCGUCCAGUCGGCUGGAGGCCACCCGUAUGGUGGUACCUGUGGCCACGCUCUUCACACCACUGAAGGAGCGCCCUGACCUGUCGCUAGUCCAAUACGAACCACUUCUGUGCAGUCGGGCUACCUGCCGUGCCGUGCUCAACCCGCUCUGCCAAGUGGAUUUCAGAGCUAAGCUGUGGGCCUGUAACUUUUGUUACCAGAGGAACCAGUUCCCUCCUUCCUAUGCUGGAAUCUCUGAAAUAAAUCAACCGGCUGAGCUACAGCCACAGUUCUCUACUAUAGAGUAUGUGGUCCAGCGAGGUCCCCAGAUGCCGCUUGUCUUCCUGUAUGUUGUGGACACCUGCAUGGAGGAUGAGGACCUGCAGGCUCUGAAAGAAUCUCUUCAGAUGUCUCUUUCUCUGCUUCCUCCCACUGCCCUGGUGGGUCUCAUCACCUUUGGUCGAAUGGUUCAGGUGCACGAGCUUGGCUGUGAGGGAAUCUCCAAGAGCUAUGUCUUCAGAGGAACAAAGGACUUGAGUGCCAAGCAGUUGCAGGAGAUGCUUGGUCUGAGCAAACCUUCAGCCUCUCAGCAAAGAGGACCUCAAGCUGCUCAACAACCUCUUUUUAACAGGUUCCUCCAGCCGGUCCAGAUGAUCGACAUGAACCUGACUGACCUACUGGGGGAGCUGCAGCGUGACCCCUGGCCUGUCACUCAGGGGAAAAGACCUCUGCGCUCACUGGGUGUGGCUCUGUCUAUUGCUGUUGGCCUUUUGGAGUGCACUUUUCCAAACACGGGUGCUCGGAUCAUGACGUUCGUUGGAGGGCCGGCCACACAGGGACCUGGUAUGGUGGUUGGAGAUGAGCUGAAGGCACCCAUCAGAUCGUGGCACGACAUAGAGAAGGACAAUGCCAAGUUUAUGAAGAAAGCCACCAAGCACUACGAGGCUUUGGCUAACAGAGCGUCCACAAACGGACACAUCAUUGACCUCUACGCCUGUGCCCUCGACCAGACUGGCCUGCUGGAGAUGAAGUGCUGCCCCAACUUCACAGGGGGCUACAUGGUGAUGGCAGACUCCUUCAACACGUCUCUCUUUAAACAAACCUUCCAGAGGGUUUUCAGCAAACAUGUCCAGGGCUCUUUCAAGAUGGCCUUUGGUGCCACUCUGGAGGUCAAGACAUCGAGGGAGAUCAAAGUGUCUGGAGUCAUUGGACCGUGUGUUUCUCUCCAGGCCAAAGGACCCUGUGUCUCUGAGAACGAGAUCGGCACAGGAGGAACCUCUCAGUGGAAGAUCUGUGGUUUGGACCCGAGCACCACGCUGGCUCUGUACUUCGAGGUGGUGAACCAGCACAACGCUCCCAUCCCUCAGGGAGGCCGUGGCGCCAUCCAGUUUGUCACCCAGUACCAACACUCAUCUGGCCAGAAACGCAUCCGAGUGACCACCACUGCUAGGAACUGGGCUGACGCUCAGACUCAGAUCCAGAGCAUUGCAGCAUCCUUUGACCAGGAAGCGGCAGCCAUCUUGAUGGCAAGGUUGGCAGUGUAUCGUGCAGAGACGGAGGAGGGACCUGAUGUCCUCAGAUGGUUGGACAGACAACUUAUCAGACUGUGUCAGAAAUUUGGAGAUUACCACAAAGAUGAUCCAAACUCCUUCAGAUUCUCUGAGACCUUCUCCCUCUAUCCUCAGUUCAUGUUUCACUUGCGGCGCUCGCCGUUCCUGCAGGUGUUCAACAACAGCCCAGAUGAGAGUUCAUACUACAGACACCAGUUCAACCGGCAGGACCUGACGCAGGCGCUCAUCAUGAUCCAGCCCGUCCUCUACGCUUACUCCUUCAACGGGCCUCCAGAGGCGGUUCUGUUGGACAGCAGCAGCAUCCUGCCAGACCGCAUCCUGCUGAUGGACACGUUCUUCCAGAUAGUCAUUUACCACGGAGAGACUGUGGCCCAGUGGAGGAAAGCAGGUUACCAGGACAUGCCCGAGUAUGAAAACUUCCGGCAUCUCCUUCAGGCUCCUGUUGAAGAUGCUCAGGAGCUGCUGCACACUCGCUUCCCCAUGCCGAGAUAUAUUGACACUGAGCACGGAGGCAGCCAGGCUCGAUUCCUGCUCUCCAAAGUCAACCCCUCCCAGACCCACAACAAUAUGUACGCCUGGGGACAGGAGUCUGGCGCUCCCAUCCUGACAGACGAUGUCAGCCUGCAGGUGUUCAUGGACCACCUGAAGAAGUUGGCGGUCUCCAGCGCUGCCUGACACCCACCUGUGGAGCAGUUUUUAGUGUGCAUUUGCUGUCUAAGUUUCCAUAAAACUGGUCAACCAACGAACAAACCAACACAGCUCACUGCUUCUGUUCUAACCAGUCACCUCUAACUUUUAAUACAAAGUCAGAUUAUUAGCCGUGAAGAGCCAAUCAGCAGCAAUCAGCCUCAUGGUGACUCAGACCUGGUAUGAAUCUGUGUGAAGACUGCCACCUGUUGGUGAAAGCAGGUACUGCACUUUUGGUCGGCGUUUGGUGUGAUGUCAGACUUUUGAAGGGAGUCAGGUUCAUUUAUUUUCAGCUCUUAUUUGUCAUAAUAAUGAUUUUCAUUGUCUGUGUGAAGUGUCCCAAACUGAAGGUGGCGCUACUGUUCAGAUGAACAUCAUCCAGG